UCAGGGUGGAGGAGAAGGGGGCCAGCCGGCUGCAGGAAUUCAGCCUGGGGGGCUGGGACUGUCACCGAGGGGAAUUUCCCCUCUUUGAGCCGGACUGGGGAUCCCUCCACCUAUCCUUUCACUGUGCUUCUUAAAGGAAUCACAGUCUUUUUCCUCUUGGCUCCAUGGAAGCCAGACUCGGGACAUUCGGUGGAGGCUCUGAAACUUUCCUCCCCACUUCCUAGCUGGCAGCCUCGUCUGGCUGGCCGAGUGGGGGCCUCCCAGGCAUGGCACUGACCAGCCGACUCAGUGCUGACUUGGCUCCCGGGCUCGCUCGGCCUCUGGUGGCACCUUGCUUUCCGCCUGCUGGGGUGCGGUGGUGGUGAGUGGGGGGCCCAGCCCUGAGCGAGCUCGGAGAGUGCCACUGGCACCCCCACCGCCCUCUACCCCCAAGCUGGAGGACAGUCAGGUCGUCGGGGGCUAUGAUGAGAUGAGCGGGGGCCGCUUUGACUUUGACGAUGGCGGGGCGUACUGCGGGGGCUGGGAGAACGGAAAGGCCCACGGGCACGGGCUGUGCACCGGCCCCAAGGGCCAGGGCGAGUACUCGGGCUCCUGGAACUUCGGCUUUGAAGUGGCGGGCGUCUACACCUGGCCCAGCGGAAACACCUUCGAGGGAUACUGGAGCCAGGGCAAACGGCACGGGCUGGGCAUAGAGACCAAGGGACGAUGGCUCUACAAGGGCGAGUGGACACACGGCUUCAAGGGACGCUACGGAACCCGGCAGAGCAGCAGCAGCGGUGCCAAGUACGAGGGCACCUGGAACAACGGGCUGCAGGACGGCUACGGCACCGAGACCUACGCCGACGGAGGGACUUACCAAGGCCAGUUCACCAACGGCAUGCGCCAUGGCUACGGUAUACGCCAGAGUGUGCCCUACGGGAUGGCCGUGGUGGUGCGCUCGCCACUACGCACGUCACUCUCGUCCCUGCGCAGUGAGCACAGCAAUGGCACAGUGGCCCCGGACUCGCCCACCUCGCCGAUCUCGGACGGCCCGCCGCUGCCCUCGCCCGCCAUCCCACGCGGUGGCUUCGCACUCAGCCUGCUGGCCAACGCCGAGGUGGCCGCACGGGCGUCCAAGGGCGGCGGCCUGUUCCAGCGGGGCGCGCUGCUGGGCAAGCUGCGGCGGGCCGAGUCCCGCACGUCCCUGGGCAGCCAGCGCAGCCGCGUCAGCUUCCUCAAGAGCGACCUCAGCUCGGGUGCCAGCGACGCCGCUUCCACCGCCAGCCUGGGUGAGGGUGUGGAGGGAGCCGACGAGGCAGCACCCUUCGAGGCCGACAUCGACGCCACCACCACGGAGACCUACAUGGGCGAGUGGAAGAAUGACAAGCGCUCGGGCUUCGGUGUCAGCGAGCGCUCCAGCGGCCUCCGGUACGAGGGCGAGUGGCUGGACAACCUGCGCCACGGCUACGGCUGCACCACGCUGCCGGACGGCCGCCGCGAGGAGGGCAAGUACCGCCACAACGUGCUGGUCAAAGGCACCAAGCGCCGUGUGCUUCCGCUCAAGAGCAACAAAGUCCGACAGAAGGUGGAUCACAGCAUGGAGGGCGCCCAGCGCGCCGCCGCCAUCGCGCGCCAGAAGGCCGAGAUCGCCGCCUCCAGGACAAGCCAUGCCAAGGCCAAAGCUGAGGCUGCGGAACAGGCCGCUCUGGCCGCCAACCAGGAAUCCAACAUCGCCCGCAGUCUGGCCAGGGAGCUGGCCCCAGACUUCUACCAGCCAGGUCCGGAGUAUCAGAAGCGCCGACUGCUCCAGGAGAUCCUAGAGAACUCGGAGAGCCUGCUGGAGCCCCCCGACCGGGUUGCCGGCGCCGCUGGCCUCCCGGAGCGGCCCCGCGAGAGCCCGCAGCUGCACGAGCGCGAGACCCCUCGGCCCGACGCUGGCCCCCCGUCGCCGGCCGGGACACCCCCGCAGCCCAAGCGGCCCCGCCCGGGGGCGGCCAAGGACGGCCUGCUGAGCCCAGGCUCCUGGAACGGCGAGUCCGGCACCGAGGGCAGCCGGCCGGUCACGCCGUCCGGUGGCCACCGCAGCCCGGCGCGUCCCGCCACCGAGCACAUGGCCAUCGAGGCGCUGCAGGCGCCGCCCGCGCCCUCGCGGGAGCCGGAGGUGGCGCUGUACCAGGGGUACCACAGCUACGCGGUGCGCACGGUGCCCUCCACGCCGCCGCCCUUGGAGGAAGAGCCCUCGCCCGAGGUCUACGAGUCUGACUCCGCGCCCUCGACCCCGGCCACCGCCCCGGUGCAGGCCCCCGCGUUUCGGGCCCCGGAGCCAGAGCCCGCGCCCGAGCCCCCAGCCAAGCUGGAACCCAAGCCCAUCGUCCCCAAAGCCGAGCCCAAGGCGAAGGCCCGCAAGACGGAGGCCCGAGGGCUGACCAAGGCUGGGGCCAAAAAGAAGUCUCGGAAGGAGGCAGCGCUGGCGGCCGAGGCCGCGGUGGAGGUGGAGGAGGUCCCCAACACCGUCCUCAUCUGCAUGGUGAUCCUGCUGAACAUCGGCCUGGCCAUCCUCUUCGUUCACCUCCUCACCUGACCCUCGUCUACCAGAGCCAGGAGUUCCCGCUGGGGACGCGAAGACCCGUCUCUCUGCAGUGCUGCUCAGGGUGGCCGAGGAGGACUGGACUCCGGACCAGAGCCCUGGGUCCCAGCUCACGCCCACAUCGCCAACAAUGAAGGGGGCCUCCCAUGGUGCCCUGCCGGGCGGGCAGAGGAGGUGCCCAGAGGCACAGCAUGUGCUGGAAACCGUCCUGGAGCUCCGCCCGGGGCCAGGAAAGCCCCGAUCUGCUCCUGUCCCUCAUCCUCAUCCACUCCUUCACCUUGUCCCAAGGUCACUCCCUCCCUGGGCUUUUGUGUGUUUUGGGAGAAGUCACGGAACCAGAAUAUUAAUGAAAUCCGAGCCCCCUUCCUGCUUCCCUUCUCCCACUGUAUUUUAACUGCUGGCUGCUGGGCCGACGGACCCCUGUGCUGGGUCAGUGGUCGGGGAGACGCUCUCGGACAGUGCAGAGUCCCCUCCCCCCACUGUCCGAGCCGGCACACACGCUGUCCCCUGCUUACGGGUGUUCCAGGUGGCCAUAGAGGAAGCAGACAUGCUCGGUGUGCAUGCUCCAGGUCGCAGCGCUCCCGUCUCCUCGUGCCCGUCCAGCUCGCCCCCCUCCCUUCCUGACCAAGAGAAGAGGAGGAGACAGGAGGGACUGGAGCCUUUGGCCAGGAAGCCACUGACCAGGUGGCCAGGGGCGGGGGUGGGGAGAAGGGCUAAGAGGAGUUAGGAUGGCCCUUGUCUGUGUGUGUGUCUGAGCCUGGGCUGGCAUUGCAUUUAGGGCUUGCACUGUGCCCUGUGGAUUGGUUUGGCCGCUUCCCCCACCAGGGCCCACCGCAGGCUCAGGGGAUGUUGAACACGGAAGCCUUGGGAAGACCAAGCAGAUUUCUCUGUGUGUGGGGCGGGGGGGCGACAUUCAGGCAAGCGCUGAAGACAGGCUGCUUGUCACCAGAUACCUCCCAGGGCGAGAGGAGCAAGUCCAGCGCCCCCACCCAGGGCGAUCUGCAUGAUAAGCCCCUCGGCUUGCGUGGCAGAAGAGGUUUGCAUGUAGCUCCUUACAGACGUUUGGUACCACACUGGGUCUCUGGGCCCGCGUGCUGGCUGGGGGUGGGUGGAAGCUGAGGGCUGGUGGCCUCCCGCCCAUGGGAGGAUGGAGACAGUGUUCCAGGCCCCUCCGGGCUGGGGAAGCACUUGGCAAUGACAUCCAGACGGAGCUGGAGGAGCUGCCACUCUCCUGCCUUUGUUUCCGUGGACCUGGGGGCCUUGAACUUGCGACUUGGCCUCCCCAGGCCAGCUCUGCAACUGGAAGUUCACUUCUGAUGGGGUUUGCUUUCCUUCACCCCCUGAACACUUGGGUCCAGCGUCCCGCUUGCUGUUUCAAGCCCCGCUGGGACCUCACGGGCUGCAUCUCCGUGGACAGAAGCCUGUGGGUUCUCCCGCCCUCCGCUGGCCAGGGCCCCUGGCUCUGCGUCGGUGUUUGGGCUUUUCUGGACUCCUAGGGAAGGAGGGGGCAGGUUGGGGGCACCGCUCAGGGCUGACAGGCGCCAGGCCUCGGCUCUGGGGUCACGGUCCAGGUUUCUUGGUCUGGCUCAGGGCCCUCAGCUCCCGGGCCUGGUUUGGGGGCUCAUGUUUGGGGCAAGGGGUCAGGAAGUUGCAGUCUGUGCAUUAAUAAACCUGCAUCUGCUCACAGGC